GCCUUGUUUUAUUGUUUUUCAGGGUUUGGCUAUCUCGUAAUUGAAGAGACUCAAAGUACUGAUUACAAGUGAAUCCUCCUCAGUCAGCCUGCUGGAUGCCUCUGAGAACAUAAGAAGUCAUGGCAGAAAAUGAUGCAAUGCCAACCUUACCAAAAAAGUGUGGUCCAUACAUUUCAUCAGUAACCAGUCAUGGCAUGAAUUUGGUAAUUCGUGGAGUAGUGCUGUUUUUUAUUGGCGUAUUCCUUGCAUUAGUAUUAAACUUGCUUCAGAUACAGAGAAAUGUUACUCUCUUCCCCCCUGAUGUGAUCACGAGCAUCUUCUCCUCAGCUUGGUGGGUGCCACCUUGCUGUGGCACAGCAUCAGCUGUGAUUGGGUUAUUGUACCCGUGCAUGGACAGACAUCUGGGAGAACCACACAAAUUUAAGAGAGAAUGGUCCAGUGUAAUGCGAUGUGUAGCAGUCUUUGUGGGUAUAAAUCAUGCCAGUGCUAAAGUGGACUUUGCCAACAACAUCCAGUUGUCUCUCACAUUAGCAGCCCUAUCAAUUGGGCUGUGGUGGACAUUUGAUAGAUCACGGAGUGGCUUUGGGCUUGGCAUAGGAAUUGCUUUCCUGGCUACGUUGGUAUCACAACUGCUGGUCUACAAUGGAGUUUAUCAAUACACAUCUCCAGAUUUCCUUUAUGUUCGUUCCUGGCUGCCAUGUAUAUUUUUUGCUGGUGGAAUAACUAUGGGCAAUAUUGGCAGGCAACUGGCAAUGUAUGAAUGCAAAGUCAUAGCAGAGAAGUCUCAUGAGGACUGAGGAAAAACACAUGCACCUUCUAAAGAG